GGCCAAAGUAUGGGAGGCCUGAUUAUACAGGAGGUUAGUCAAAUCACAUAAAUUUCUAUUAGAGGCCAUCGUAGGCUGAACAUGCCAAAGGUCCUCACUCAAUCGCACCAGCAAAAACCCCCGACUACAGGCAACUUAUGGCAUUGCUCCAGAGGUUUCCUCGGAUACGGCGUUCCAAUAAACGGACUUAAGAAUGAAACACUUCUCAACAUCGCACAAGGACAGCCAAACUUCGAAAUGAUCAAGAGUAUUUGUAUCGAGAACGGUAGACCUUCCCGUUACCUUAACGACCUAGCACAUCGCUUUGCCCUCUGCAGCGACAAGAUGGAAGUAUACUACUUCCACGAGACAAAUCCAUCUGCGGACCUAGUGGAUACACAAGCCCCCCACCAACGACGAGUAGAUGAUCCUCGAGCCAUAGGUCGCGAAAAGCAAAUUUGGGUACCGCGUAAUCACUCCGAGCUAGUAAAGAUAUCGAGCCGUAACGACGAAGUCUAUUCCAUGACACAUAUGGCCUUAUCAAAUAUUAUUAACGACGGUCUAUAAUUAUGGUUGAACAAUGAACCAGAAAGAUAUAUGGGGAGGUAGUACUGGGCAGAUCAACGAGAUCACAUAAUAGUAAUUCAAACCACGACAGAAUCACAAUCACACAACGCAGCACAAGCACGCGAAAACACAAACACAAUCAUUAAAAAGCGCAAGAAAAUAGAUCAUCAAUUCCAGCAUAUGUGGACAUCGCCGGUCCAAUGCGAACCAUCAACUAUAAGUGUGCCCCU